AAUAGUAUGUCAAAACUGAAUAUUCUUCAAGAAUGACUAACGAAAGGCGCUCUAGACAAUUUCAAAAAAAAAAUUUGUUGAAGUUUCGCUUUUCGUUCACAGGUUUAAAGUCAACCUUAAAAUCAACGACCAAUAGGCUGAAAUGGGAGCCGAUUCUUACCAGAUAACCCUAAUUUCAGGGAUAACCCAAUUGAUCAUUGGUGUGCUUUGUUUUUUAUUCGGAAUCGCUGAUAUCGCCACAACCAUAGCUGAACGUCGCAUCACAGCUUCAUUAAUCUCCGCUAUCCCCAUUUGGGGUGGUAUUUGGAUCUGUGUCACCGGUAUCAUUGGAAUAUGUGCUGUACGACGUGCAAGAUUUGGAAGGUCGGGAUGCAUAUGUUGCGAUAAUGGAAGUCCUGAGGUGUACACCACGCAAGGAAAUUGCUGUGCAUCAUUAAAGUGUAUGAUUGGCGUAUACAUGGGACUCUCCAUAACUGCUAGUGUAAUUGCCGCCCUCAUGAUUAUGUGUUAUGCUCUCACUUUGAGUUGGCACGCCGAUCGCUCUACUAAGUAUGCAUUCGUGUACAUCGCCUGGAUUAUGAUGUUCUUAAGUAUUGGUGCGUUCGGUGUUGCAAUUUGGGCUUCUGUUUGUUGCUGCAAAAUAAUAUGUUGCGGUCAAAAUCCACAAUCGGCGCCCGUCGGGCCGGUAGUGUACACACAAACACAAGGUCCCCCUGUUGCAUAUAUUAUCGUCCAAGGACCCAAUGGCACUCCUGUUGCCAUACCAGCUCAAACCAGUGGGCCUAUGAUGGAGCCAGGUGGAACACCCGAGAACAACCCAGUCGAGCAAGCUGCUGUUCCUCCUCAUUACAAUUUUGGUGCACAAGGAUUACAGGCAAAUGAAAAUUCUGUCAAAGUCGCUCUGUAGUGUUUUUUUCUUCUUAUUUGUUUCAUCUUUGUUUUACUUUGUAUUGUCUAUACAGUGGUACCUCCAUUACCUCCGUUUGCGACCUUAUACCAUAAGGUUCUUCAUAGCCAAUAGAGGUGUUUGUUGUAUAUAGAUUGGUUUUUCAUUCAAUAUGGAAACCAAAUAAUGCUCUUUAUAAAUAUUUUAGCUGCUUAAUACAGGUAUCGCUGCAUUUACUUUUCACAUUUAACUUUUCGGCAUGGUUAUAACUCUGACAGAUUUUUACUUUCUUCUUAGCGGCCCGCACGCUAGAAAAUUAUGGAUGUGCAGCAUGCUUGUCAACUCACAACGUUAAAACAAAGCUUUAAAUAAAAUAAGUAUAACAGUA